AGAAGAUCGUCAUCAUGUUCAAAGUCAGUAAGUAUCGCAACGUGCUUGGGUCCAACGUCCCGCGGGAAGAAUGGUACGAAGAGCUGCAACUCGAUGCAGAUCGGCUAGACUUGUACCCGAUCGCUGCAACGAGUUCCCAAUUCGCAUUUCCGUCGCAACUAAAUGGUGGAGCGUGCAUCGAGAUCAAACCCACAAGCGACACGGGCAAAGCCCAUGCGAUUCAAAAGCCAACGUCGCUCCUGAAAGGACACACCCAACGCGUGAACGCGUUGGCGUAUGCAACGUACCUUCCGUCGUCUUCAACUUCCAUCUUGGCGUCGGGCGGGGACGACACCACGGUCAAGCUGUGGGACACGUCAUCGUCGAUCGAAUCGAGCGUCUGCCUGUGGUCAUUCGAAGAUGCAGCGGUCAACACACGCGUCGUCGGGCUCGCAUUCCACCCGUCGGCGUCGGACGUGCUCGCAGUCGCCAUGUCCAAGACGAUCGCGGUGUUGAACAUACAGCGUCAACAGGCUAUGGUGCCGACGUCCUUUGCUCACCCCGACGUCAUCACGGGCUUCACGUGGAACUACGACGGCAGUGCAGCCGCGACGGUGUGCCAAGACAAGUUGAUCCGUGUAUGGGACCCUCGCGGCGAUGGGACGGUGGCGACCACCAAGGGCCACCAAGGCCGCAAAGCAGCCGCGAUCGCGUGGCUCCAGCCGGACGUGUUUCUCACGGCCGGGUUCAACACGCUGCAGGAGCGCGAAUUGAUGCUGUGGGAUAUGCGCAAGCUCGACAAGUCGGUCGGUCGCGAGCGCGUCGACACUGGCACUGGACUACUCAUACCAACGUUCGACGAAGAUACCAACUUGCUCUUUGUGGCUGGUCGGGGCGACAAAAUCAUUCGCACGUACGAGAUCAACGUGGACAAGGCGCCUGCGUUCUCGCCGCUCCAAGCCACGACGUCGUCUCGGCCGGCGUGGGGAGUCGCACGCGUCCCCAAGCGCGCGUGUGCUUUGACCUCGUGUGAGGUCGCGCGGUUGUUGGUGGUGGAGCAGGGCAACGUCAUCGAGCCGAUCUCGUACACGGUGCCUCGUCGCGACGCUGUCAAUCAGUUCCAGGCGGAUCUGUACCCCGAUUCAAGAACGAGCACGCCAGCGUUGACGGCGGCAGACUGGGCCAGCAGACGCGAUGCGGCGCCUCUCUUGGGUGCAGUGGUUCCCGCUGCAUCUGGGACCGCCGGGGCGGCACUCCAUGGCGCGAUCGAUGUGGCCAACACAAGUUGGAAUGCAGGCGGCGGAUGGGCAAGUGCCGCGCCGCCUCCGACAGCGAUCCUGACACCAGACAUCGAUGCCCCGGCAACUCAAGCAGCGCCGAUCAAGUUCGAGCUGUCGGAAAAGGCCAAAAAGCUGGGGUCGAUCCAAGGCAACAAGUUCAAAUACAUUACUGGCAAGACGAUGGCCCGGUCCGAGUCGUUCCUGAACGUCCCGUCGUCGGAUGCGGCGCUCUUGGUCGCAAAUGCCACGCACUGGGCGACGGCAAUCGUUGGUACAGGCGGCCCCGUUCUCGUCCAUCCGCUUGGAUCCCCAGGCAAGGUAGAUCAUGGCGGCAUCGUGAUCAAUUGCCACAAGCUGCCCGUGACAGACUUGGAAUUCCAUCCAUUUCGACCGCAGUUGCUCGCGACGGCCUCUGACGACUGCUCGAUUCAGCUGUCGGACUAUACCAACCCGAACGAGCGCGUGGUGGCGUCACUAAGCGGCCACGACAAGGGCAUCCGGUGCGUCGCCUUCCAUCCCAGUGCCAACAACGUGCUGGCGUCGGGCGCGAUGGAUUGCACGAUUCGGUUGUGGGACGUCGGCGCGCAAACGGCGCGUCAAGUGAUUCAAAAGUUUGACGACGCUCCGUGGAACGUGUCGUUCAACUUUGACGGGACUUUGCUCGCGACAAUUUCACGAGACAAGGUCCUGCGCGUUAUCGACCCACGCGCCAACAGAACCGCCGCCAUGGCAUGCGCUCAUGACGGAGCCAAGGCGCAAAAAGUGCUCUGGUGCGCACAACAUCUCUCGUCGUCGACGCUCGUCACGGUCGGGUUCACUGCGCGCAGCGAGCGCCAAGUGUUUUUGUGGGAUGCGCGGAAUCUGCUGGACCCAGUGUGCCAAACCACGCUCGACACGUCGGGAAGCGCGCUCCUGCCGUUUUACGACGAAUCGGCCAACGUGAUCUACCUCGUCAGUCGCGGCGACCGCACCGUCAUGACGUACGAGAUCGAUGCCGCGGCUGGGACCGUCGCACCAUGCGCUCCGUUUGCAUUCACCGGCGCGCCGAUUGCCGGCGCCGCGCUCUUGCCCAAACAAUCGUGCAACGUCCGCGACGUCGAAGUCGCCAAGUUUCUCUUGCUGACCAAGGCAACGAUCGAGCCCGUGACGUUGUCGGUGCCCCGCGCGGACAAACUCAAGCCAUUUUUUCAAGAUGACAUUUACGGCGUCGUGCGCACGUACUCGACGGGGGUGUCGCCGGACGCGUGGUUUCGAGGCCACGACCGCGCGCCGUCGACCGAGUCGCUGAAUCGAUCUGGCAUGCCGCUGCUGUCGGCACGCGAACAGGACGUGGUCGUUGCUGUGCCCAACGUGAUCGAGUUUCAAGCGCAAAAGGACCGCGAAGACCACGCACGCGCCGUUCGCGAUCAACAGAUUCAGCGACUGCAUGCACUCGCGGCGCAACCGACGCUGCACCAUCAAGGCGCUGCUGUCCAUCCCGACGAUGACGACGAUGACGACGACGAUGGAUGGGACGACUAG